AUGGCUGUUAUGUCUCGCCUCCUGCCGCUUUUCGGCUAUUCCACAUUCGCAAUUUUCCUCCUUGUUCUAAUCGCGACGCCUACCGACGCGCUACGCAAGCGUAAUCCUGUAAAGCGCGCCAAACGAUGCCGUCCUCAGACCUCUACGUUGGUUUCAGCCAGCGCCACCCCGUCGAGCUCCACUCCGGCCCCGGCAACCACUUCUUCCUAUUAUUCCGCCCCAGCCGAAUCAACCCCCGAGCCUACUACCAAGGCCGCCGAGCCACCACUUCCCAAGCACCUGAGCCUACCACCUCGGAGCCAGCUUCGACCUCUCAAUCUGUCGUUCCCGCUCCCAUCAGUACCAGCAAGCUCUUUUGGCCUGGACCAGCGGUCCUACCGACUUGGAGAAGUUUGCAUAUGGAACCGAGUUGGAGGCGUGUACACUUGGAGUCCUUACAAUCCAGAUACCACCGGAAAACUCGGCAUUCGUUUCCUCCCGAUGCUUUGGGGAACUAAGCAAAAGUCUUCCUUUACAGAACAAGUCAAGUCUGUCACUGGCGAGUAUAUUUUGGGUUUCAAUGAACCAAACCAGGGAGACCAGUCCAACAUGAGUGCUGCGGACGGUGCUGCUCUGUGGAAAAGCAUGAUUCUGCCGCUGAAGGCAAAGGGUGCCAAGCUGAUCUCCCCUGCUACUACAUCGGCACCAUCCGGUAAACAGUGGAUUAAGGACAUGAUGAAUGCUUGUGGUGAAGACCGUGCCAGUUUGAUUUUAUUGGCUUGCACUGGUGGUCCUCAGUGCACCAAGCAACAAACCGAAACGUUCCAUUACACCAUGGGUGCUUGGUUCGAUCAGCAUGAGGGUGUUGCAAUGUACAGCCCAUUCGGUUUCAUGAAGGAUAUGGGUAAUGUCAACCCCGACAACCAGCUCAUGAACCAAGACGGGACUCCCAACAACCUGGGUAAUUGGUACCUUUACCACGAGUAA